AUGUGUCGCCAGCAUGAACAUGAAGACGUCAAGUCCCCCGCCCUCAUCACUUCGGCCUCAUCUUCGACGGAUCCCUUUCCCUGGGAGUCUGGCAUCUACGAUGCCCAUUGCCACCCUACGGAUACUAUGUCCACCGUCGAGAGCAUCCCCGCCAUGCGCGCCUCUGCUCUAACCGUCAUGGCCACCCGGAGCCAGGACCAGGCUCUCGUCGCUGAGCUUGCUGCGUCCCACGGUGUGCGCUCAAAGUACGCAAUGUCUCAGGGUCAUCUGAUUCCAUCCUUUGGCUGGCAUCCGUGGUUCUCCUACCAGUUAUUUGACGACACCGUGCCCGAGCCUGAGAGGACGUACCCUCAGGGCCAGCCCGACGCCAAGAAGCGCCAUUACCAGGCCGUCCUAGCCCCCACCCCCGAGGACCCCGACUUUAUCGACGCGCUGCCCGCCCCGCGUUCUUUGUCCGCCUUUUUGGCCGACACGCGCCGCCGCCUCCAUGACCAUCCCCUUGCCCUAGUCGGCGAGGUUGGGCUCGACAAGGCCUUUCGCCUGCCCCAAGGAAGGACCGAUGCGGAUGAGUCCUCUCGUGACCGGACCCUUACCCCAGGUGGCCGCGAGGGGCGUCGACUGGCGCCUCAACAUGUCAAGAUGCCCCACCAGGUCGCCGUGCUGAAAGCUCAGCUGGCGCUUGCCGGCGAGCUAGGCCGCCCUGUGAGUCUUCACGGCGUACAGGCCCAUGGCGUCCUCCACGAUACCCUCUCUUCCCUGUGGAAGGGUCACGAGAAGGAGGUCGUCAGCAGGAAAAAGAAGCGCCUUGUUGCCGAGGGAGCCGAAGGCUUUGACACGGAAGAUGAGCUCAAGGAAGACGACUUUGGCCGAAAGGACGUGCCACCGAGGCCUUAUCCCCCUCGGAUCUGCCUACACUCGUACUCUGGGCCUGCCGAGAUGUUGAAGCAGUACACCAAUCCAGCCAUUCCGGCCCGCCUCUUCUUCUCCUUCUCCUCGGCCAUCAACCUGGGGACCAAGGCCGGGGCCGAUAAGAUUGUCGACGUGAUCCAAGCUUGUCCCGACGACAGCAUACUGGUGGAGAGCGACCUGCACACUGCCGGCGACGAGAUGGACGCCAGGCUGGAGGAGAUGUACCGGAAGGUCUGCGAGAUCAAGGGUUGGAAGCUCCAGGAGGGCGUCGAGCAUAUAGGGAGAAACUACCGGGAGUUCAUCUUCGGGUGA